CGGGGCCUUGUCGCCCCCGCAUCCCCACACCGCCCGUUUAAUUUCGUCCAAAUUAAAAGGAGCAACCAAAUCCUCCACCGUCUCCUGCCCGAUCUUGCUAAACCCUUCCGAAGAGAGCGAAGGUCUGUUGAAAUUUGUCUCUUUAAAUUUCUUGCUGAAGGCAGCCUUAACCUUUUUCUUCAGAAGCUUCAGAUUUGUGACGGGAACCCCAUUAAAGAUCAAAGCCCCAAUCUUGUUGUGUGCCCUUCUAAUUGCGAUAACUCGGUGAAAAAAAGCCGAGUUCUCAUCACCUAGCUUCACCCAAUCCGACUUAGCCUUUUGUUUCAUAUCUUCGAGUCUUUUACUUUCCGAGUCUCUUAUGUGCAGCCUCCAGUACACCCUUUUGUCAUUUUCCGUUUUUGAUAAAGGUCUUGCAAUCGCCUUAAGUUCGAGCUCAUUUAGAGUCGACACAGCUUCUUUCAAGAUGCCAUCUUCCCUUUCCUUUUCAUUAGUUCUCCAUUGCUUAAUCUUGUUUUUAAGAUCCCUUAGAAUUCCGCACACAGUCACUCUUUUCUUUUCCCUCCUUCCUCUUCCCAUUCUAUAAUGAACAAAGCAAUAGCAAUUCUACUUAAACCCUAACACAAUCCGCCGUUGAAUCACAACUCAACUCAACACAAAAAUCAAUAGGAUGAAGCUUCUAGAACGAGAUUGCUUGCUCACAAUGUUCGUUCGUCACCGUUGUUGAUAUACAGGGAUUGAGAAAGAAGAAAGGGGAUGGGAUACUCAAAUACGGAAGGGGGAAGCUCUGGAAUUGCAAAUCGAAGAGAUCUUUAUGAUGUUCUCAGUGUUUCAAGAGAUUCUUCCGAUCAGGAGAUUAAGUCUGCGUAUAGAAAACUUGCUUUGAAGUAUCACCCUGACAAAAAUGCUGGUAAUCCCGAAACCUUAGAACUAUUCAGAGAGGCUGCAUACUCUUACAACGUUUUAUCGGAUCCAGAAAAAAGAAGGAAAUAUGAUAAUUCAGGGUUUGAGGCUAUUGAUACUGAAGACAUGGAUAUGAAAAUCGAUUUAUCAAAUAUUGGAACUGUUCAUACAAUGUUUGCAGCAUUACUUAGUAAGCUUGGAGUCCCUAUUAAGACAACCGUUUCAGUCAAUGUUCUUGAAGAGGCACAUAAUGAAACCGUCACUGUCAGACCCCUUCCGCUAGGAACUUCAGUUAGUGGAAAGGUCGAGAAACAAUGUGCACAGUUUUUUAGUGUAACCAUAAGCGAAGAACAAGCUAAAUCAGGAAUUGUUGUUAGAGUUACUUCAGCUGCCCAAAGCAAAUUUAAGCUCCUUUAUUUUGAGCAAGAUUACAGUGGGGGGUAUAAUCUUGCGCUGCAGGAAGACUGUGAGAAGGCGGGUAAUGUGACAUCAGCUGGGAUGUAUUUCUUGCAUUUUCAAGUAUACAGAAUGGAUUCAGUUGUUAAUUUCUUAGCAAUGGGUAAGGAUACUGAAUCCGCUGUCUUUAAAAAGUUGGAAGGCUUUACACCGUGUGAGGUCUCGGAACUAAAUUCUGGCACUCACAUAUUUGCUGUUUACGGCUUUGGCCCGAUAUCAAGAAGUGACCAACAGAUACAGACAGGAAAAACAGAAGGUGGAGGAGCUUCUAAAAGAACGAGAAGGUAUCCGAUCAUCGUUUACAAUUGCUAGAUCCAUGGUUGGCAGUGGGAUGAAUGCUAACCUCAAAGGAUUACAAGUUGCUUAUAGUAAAGAGGUUACUUCGAGGUUGAUAACAAGAUCAAGUCGCGCAUUUUACAAAUGUAAAGAUUCGGGUUGAAAGAAGGAAAGAGGUUUAUACUAGUGUUUUACAUUGUGAGAAGAAAAUGUGAGAAACAUGAAAAGUUGUGUUUUUUUUUUUUUUUUAAAUAUUAACGGUAAAAAGGUGGAAUUUUGGGAAAUUUUUUCUUUCAUUUUCCACGUAAAAGAGAAAGAAAAAGGAAAACUAUUAUCCUUAUACAAUACGAGAUACUUUUUAACAGUAACCAGCCCUUCGUGUCAGGGCUGAGUGGGUUGGUUAAUC